AUGACCAGGAGCAACAAGAUCUACUUUGUGGGAGUGGACGUGGGAACAGGAUCAGCAAGAGCAGUGGUGGUGGACGAGCGGGGUUCGAUCCUGGGACUCUCGGAAAAGCCAAUCUCAAGAGAAGAGUUGAAAGAAAACUACAUCACGCAGUCUUCAACAGAGAUUUGGGAUGCAAUCUGCUACACAGUGAAGACGGCAGUGAGCGAGUCGCACGUGGACCCGGGAUUGGUGCUGGGAAUCGGAUUCGACGCAACGUGCUCGCUCGUGGCGAUCCGGGAGUCGGACGACGCGCCGAUCGGCGUGGGCCCGGACUUCUCGAACGACUCGGCAAACAUCAUGUUGUGGAUGGACCACCGGGCGGUGCAGGAGGUCGAGGACAUCAACAAGUCCGGAGACGUGUCGCUCAAGUACGUCGGGGGAGGAUUCUCGAUCGAGAUGGAGCUCGUCAAGAUGGUGUGGUUGAAGAGGCACAUGCCACACGACGGCAGCGGUCGAUCGGCGUUCGGGCAGUGCAAGUUUUACGACUUGGCCGACUUCUUGACGCACCGGGCGACGGGCAAGGAGACGAGGUCGUUCUGCUCGGUCGUGUGCAAGCAGGGAAUGGUUCCCGAGGGCAUUUCCGCGGACAGAAACGGCUGGUCGGAGGCGUUUCUCACGAAAGUGGGCGUUCCGGAGUUGGCCGAGGACAAUUUCCGGCGUCUAGGUGGGCUCCCCGGCGUGACAGGCCGGUAUACGACCACCGGGGAGACCGUGGGACCAUUGACGGACGAGGCAGCACGGCAGUUGGGGCUCACCACACGGUGUUACGUGGGUUCUGGCGUUAUUGAUGCAUAUGCAGGCUGGAUUGGCACCGUGGCAGCCACCACGGAGUCCCCGAUACCGGGUCUCCAGGAGCAGGAUGCAUGCAAGACGGGCAUUGCCAAGGCCUCGGGCCGGUUGGCCGCCAUUGCCGGCACUUCCACUUGUCACAUUUGCCUCGAUGAAAAGGCAAUAUUCGUGCCUGGUGUCUGGGGUCCGUACCGAGACGUGAUUGGCACAAAGUUGUGGUGUGCGGAGGGCGGCCAGUCGUGCACGGGUGCGUUGCUUGCACACGUGUUGUCGUCUCACCCUGCGUACGCUGAGUUGGGCACGGCUGCCGACGCGUCGAACGUCUCGAAGUUCGACUUGUUGAACACACGCUUGGAGUCGUUGCGGAAAUCGUCCGGGGAGCGUUCCGUGGUCGCAUUGGCAAAGAACAUGUUCUUCUACGGCGACUUCCACGGCAACAGGUCCCCAAUUGCCGACCCUAACAUGCGUGCUGCCAUCAUUGGGCAAUCCAUGGACGUUUCUCUCGACUCUCUGGCCGUCGAAUACCUCGCAGCCUGCGAGUUUAUUGGCCAGCAGACCCGGCAGAUUGUCGAACGCAUGCAGGAGUCCGGAUACACGAUCCAGGCCAUCUUCAUGAGCGGUGGCCAGUGCCGAAACGGCCUCCUAAUGCGUCUUUUGGCCGACUGCACCGGCUUGCCGAUCGUCAUUCCUCGCUACAUCGACGCAUCCGUGGUCUUUGGUGCCGCCAUGCUCGGUGCAGUUGCUGCUGAGGAUGCAUUAUCGCACGAAGGUGUUCCUGAGCCAACUUCUGUGGCUGCCAGGCGGGCUCUCGAGGCUGAUGAUGCUGCAUUGCCUCCUUCGCCAUACACUGCACCUUCUGCAACUGCCUCUUCGACCUCCAUCAGUGCUUUAAACGCCGGGGCUAAGGCCUACCCAUUCCCGGAGAUGACCGCACUCCACGACAAGAAGAAGGAAAAGGAUGAAGAUGCAGACGGUGCACUCUCUUUCACUGCCAAGUCCAGCAGUGCAUCCUCCAACUCCACCAGUCAUGCUUCUCCUGCCUCUCCUGCCUCUCCUGCUUCACCAAACGAGUCCACAUCUGACAAGUUGUGGCGUGUCAUGAGACAGAUGUCCGGAGCAGGCAAGGUCAUCUUCCCUCAGAGCGAGAACGACCCUGACCGCAAGUUGUUGAACACCAAGUACAAGAUCUUCCUUGACCAGAUCCGCACCCAGCAGGAGUACCGCAAGAUGGUCCAGCGGACUGAGGAUGCCAUUGCCCAGUACUUGAAGAUUUGA